UUCUCUCACACCAUUUUUGUAAAAUCAUAUCAUCACAUUAUUCCUCUAUCUUCUCGUGAACACUUCCCUUUGUAACAUCCUUUUCAUUCAUCUAGCUAUAUACUAAGUUUUAAUAUCAUACCAUAUAUUAUCAUAAAUAAACCAUGAUGCUGUAGCUAUAAGCUAAACUACCAAAGAACAAGAAUAAUGGCAAGUUUUCAGUUUCUGAGUUUGCUGAUUGUUGUUUCAGUUUUGAGUUUUUGCUAUGGAGACAGCAAUGACAUGAAUAAUGUUCAGCUGAAUGAUGAUGUUCUUGGCCUAAUUGUGUUCAAAUCAGACCUCCAUGACCCUUCUUCAUCUCUUGCUUCAUGGAAUGAAGAUGAUUCAAGUGCUUGUUCAUGGAACCGGGUUCAGUGCAAUCCAGCAACAGGAAGAGUCACUGAGAUCAAUCUUGAUGGGUUGGGAUUAUCUGGAAGAAUUGGAAGAGGCCUUGAGAAGUUGCAGCAUCUAAUGGUAUUGUCUCUUUCUCAUAACAAUUUCAAUGGUAGCAUUACUCCUUCACUUACACUUUCCAGCACCAUUCAGAGUCUAAAUCUAAGUCACAAUGGCUUCUCUGGUCAAAUACCAACUUCAUUUCUUAAUAUGAGUUCAAUUAGGUCUCUUGAUCUUUCUCACAACUCAUUCUCAGGACAAAUCCCUCAAAGUUUCUUUGACAGUUGCAAUUCCCUUCACUACUUUUCUGUGUCCAAUAACAUGUUUGAAGGACAAAUUCCUAGCACAAUCUCUAGAUGUUCUUCAUUGAAUAGCAUUGAUCUUUCGAAUAACCGUUUCUCCGGUUAUGUUGAUUUUGCUGCUGUUUGGUCAUUGACUAGGCUUAGGCAAUUGGAUCUUUCAAGCAAUGCCUUAUCAGGUUCUUUGCCUAAUGGAAUUUCUUCAAUUCAUAACUUGAAAGAGAUCUUGUUAAGGAAAAACCAGUUUUCUGGUCCACUGCCUAAUGAUAUUGGACUCUGUCUUCAUUUGAAUAAGCUUGAUUUGAGUGAUAAUCAGUUCAAUGGAGUGUUACCAGAGUCAUUGAACAGGCUUAAAUCUCUGAGCUAUUUAAGUACAUCGAAGAAUAUUUUCGCCGGCGAGUUUCCUCAAUGGAUUGGUACCAUGACUAGUCUUGAACACUUGGAUCUUUCCAACAAUCAGUUCAUGGGAACUAUUCCGGAUUCCAUUGGAGAAUUGAGAUCAUUGGCAUAUCUGAGUGUUGCGAAUAACAAACUCGAAGGGAACAUUCCGGCUUCAUUAGUUUCUUGCACAGAGUUAUCAGUGAUCAAGCUUAGAGGGAAUGGUUUCAAUGGAAGCAUACCAGAGGGCUUGUUUGGCCUUGGAUUGGAGGAAAUAGAUUUUUCUCAUAAUCAUUUAACAGGUCCAAUCCCAGCAGGGUCAAGCAGGCUAUUGGAAAGUCUCAUCAAAUUGGAUCUCUCAGAGAAUAAUCUUCAGGGGAAUAUCCCUGCUGAAAUGGGGCUACUUUCAAAGCUUAGAUACUUGAAUUUGUCUUGGAAUGAUCUUCAUUCUCAUAUGCCUCCAGAGUUUGGUCUGCUUCAGAAUCUAACAGUCUUGGAUCUUCGAAACAGCGCCUUGAUCGGCUCAGUUCCAUCCGAUAUAUGUGAUUCGGGUAACUUGGCUGUUCUUCAACUUGAUGGAAAUUCAUUGGAGGGGUCUAUUCCAGAGCAGAUUGGAAAUUGUUCAUCUCUUUACAUGCUGAGUUUGUGUCACAAUAAUUUAAGUGGUUCAAUCCCAAAGUCCAUGUCAAGGCUAAGCAAGCUCAAGAUUCUGAGAUUGGAGUUCAAUGAACUGAGUGGAGAGAUACCAAUGGAGCUUGGAAUGCUCCAAAACCUUCUUGCUGUGAACAUAUCAUACAACAAGCUCACAGGUAGGCUUCCAACAGGAAGCAUAUUUCAUAACUUGGACAAGAGUUCCUUGGAAGGAAACUAUGGUCUUUGUUCACCAUUGCUGACAGGUCCAUGUAUGAUGAAUGUACCAAAGCCACUAGUUCUUGAUCCAAAUGCAUACAACAACCAAAUAGGCUCUCCUAGGCAAAGAAAUGAAUCAUCUAUGGCUACUGGCCUAAGUCAUCACCACAGAUUCCUUAGUGUUUCGGCCAUUGUCGCGAUUGCAGCCUCAUUUGUGAUCAUAUUAGGAGUUAUUGCUAUUAGCCUACUCAAUGUUUCUGUAAGAAGAAGGUUAAAAUUUGUGGACAAUGCCUUGGAAAGCAUGUGUUCGAGUUCUUCAAGAUCCGGAAGUCCAGCCACAGGGAAGCUAAUUCUGCUUGAUUCACAGUCCGGCUCGCCGGAUUGGAUCAGCAAUCCGGAAUCCUUGCUCAACAAGGCAUCAGAGAUUGGUGAAGGAGUGUUUGGAACAGUGUACAAAGUUCCAUUGGGAUCACAUGGAAGAAUUGUUGCAAUCAAGAAACUCAUAACCUCAAACAUAAUCCAAUAUCCUGAAGAUUUCGACAGAGAAGUUAGGAUCCUUGGAAAAGCAAGGCAUCCAAAUUUGAUUGCAUUGAAAGGUUACUAUUGGACACCUCAAAUUCAGCUUCUAGUAACUGAGUAUGCAUCAAAUGGUAGCCUCCAAUCCAAGCUUCAUGAGAGAAUCUCUUCAAUUCCUCCACUUUCUUGGGCUAAUAGGUUCAAGAUCUUGCUUGGAACAGCAAAGGGUCUUGCACAUUUGCACCACUCAUUCCGGCCACCCAUAAUUCACUACAACAUAAAGCCAAGCAACAUCCUUCUUGACGAAAACUUCAAUCCGAAGAUAUCGGAUUUCGGGUUGGCAAGGCUUCUAACAAAGCUUGACAAGCAUGUUAUGAGCAACAGGUUCCAGAGUGCAUUAGGCUAUGUUGCACCAGAGUUAGCAUGCCAGAGCUUAAGGGUGAAUGAGAAGUGUGAUGUGUAUGGUUUUGGAGUGAUGAUUCUUGAGCUUGUGACAGGUAGAAGGCCAGUGGAGUAUGGUGAGGACAAUGUGCUAAUACUCAAUGAUCAUGUUAGAGUUCUUCUUGAGCAAGGGAAUGUGUUGGAGUGUGUUGAUCCAUGCAUGAAUGAGUAUCCAGAAGAUGAAGUUUUGCCAGUUUUAAAGCUUGCAAUGGUUUGCACUUCUCAGAUACCUUCUAGCAGGCCUUCUAUGGCAGAAGUUGUUCAAAUUCUUCAAGUCAUUAAGACUCCAGUUCCUCAAAGGAUGGAAGUUUUCUGACAAAGUGAGAAAUUCUUCAAGUCAUUAAGGCAUUCGAAUUAGGGAACAAGAUAUAUAUGUUUGUCUAUGUUUAACUAUCUUCAAGUACAGAAAAGCUUUCUUGUUGUUAAGCUUUCUUCUCUCUUUUUCUUUCCCUUCAUUUUCUGUAUUGCUAUUUAACUUUGAUGAAGAAUUUGGUUUGUUUAGACUGUUCAUUCAAGUAUAAGGUGCUUUUUCCAUGCAUAUGGAAUCACUAUUGUAUAAAAUCUGCAAUUCUUAUCUCUCA